AUGAUCAUCGGCCCUGACGGCAAGCCGUGCAAGAUUUGCACAGCGUUUCGCAACUGGAGGCCCCGCGCGCAGAACACCGAUGCGCACCCCCACAGCAAGACGGGGAAGAAGAGUACUGCUGCAAUGAUGGCCGCAUUUGCGUCUGGUCAAGGAUUCGCCUCGCAUGCCGACCCCGACGUCCGCCCCGACCAUUGCCCGCCCGACGUCGAGGAGCUCGGUCGCGCGACGUGGACAUUCCUGCAUAGCACGGCCGCAUACUAUUCUGAACGUCCCACGCCAUUCCAACGUGCGAACAUGCUCAACCUCCUGAACGCUCUGCCUGUGCUGUAUCCGUGCUCGACCUGCGCUUGGCAUUUGGGCGAGAACAUGAAGGAUCACCCACCAGACGUUAGUGGGAGAGUCGCGCUGACCAGGUGGCUGUGCGAGAGGCAUAACGACGUGAACGAGCGGCUGGGGAAACCAAAGUUUGACUGCUCUAUUCGGAACUUAGAUGAACGGUGGAAGGAUGGGCCAGCUGACGGCAGCUGUGAUUAA